GUCAGCAUCUACAAUUUGAUCCUGUCGGGCUGCUCUGUCAACGGGAGCGACAAACUCGCUAAGGAUGUCAAACAGAUGAUGAUCAAAGACAACGUCGAGCCAGACGCCUCAACGUACGCCUACCUCCUGGCCGCCGCUCAACACCGAGACCACUAUGUCGGUCUCAUCAAAGAAAUGUCUGAAGCCGGGAUCACAACCGAAGACCUCUUCCGCGAAACAUCACUCACGAGUGUCCAACUCGCGAGUCUCGUUCAAAAUAUCCGCUGCUGGAGCGACCAAUACGCUUUCGACGUUCCGGCAGCCCGCUUCCCAACGAACGAAAGUUCUGUCACCGCUCAUUUGAAGAGCAUUAGACAGCCCUCAUCAGAAGAAAGAUUCUUCGAUCCCAAACUUCUUCGAGCGAAGAGCAUGGCACAAAGGAAGCGAGAACUGGCCGGAAUGGUCACCGUCAAAUCUAUAGCCGCCCCUGACAAGCCUUCCCAGCGUGUUGUUUUCUUGAGGAAGCAAAUAACUAAAUGUGAAAACGAAUGGAGGAGAGAAUUGAAUGAGCUGUACGGCAGGUGUAUCGAAAAACUCUCGAGGGAAGCACUGCAUACGAACGUCAUGUGCGUUCACCCGUAUGUGUUGGCUUUAGACAAGUCGAGGCUGGUGAACUUGUUGCUGCAAGAGAUGCGAGCGUUCGCAUUGGCUCCUGGAAGCUCCAGUGUGAGCUUCACCACCGUCGCGGCUCGGCUGGGCCAAAAAGUAGAACUUCUAUACAACAUUCGAUCAAAGGUCAACGGAGGUGUCUCCGAUGCCAUCACCCGACUCUAUGGCGACUACCUCGAGCGUUCCGGCAGCCAGACCACGACUCCCGGUCGUGAAAUCUGGCAAUCGCUGAUAGCCAAGAACCCUCAGCUCGCCCCCUGCAUCGGGAACCUACAAGAAAACCCUUGGACACGAUCGACACAAGUUAGCGUUGGCCGGUUCCUGUAUUCAAUGCUUCGGCAACUGAAGGUCGAUGUCAACAUUAUGAAGCCCAACUGUGAUAAGAGGAAACUGAUACAUGCGCUUUAUUCUGUCUACCGGACGAACUCCGCUCGGAAACACGAAGAGCUGAAGGCUCAUGAAGUUUUAAAUACGCUCUACUCGAAGGCGGAAAUCGAGAAUCUUCAUUUCGACGCGACCUCCCUCCCGAUGUUGUGUCCGCCGAAACCUUGGACCAGACCCGAAGAUACGCCUUAUAUGAUUUCCGGGGUGCCUUUGAUCCGGAUUCCGUCUGAAUUCAGUAACAAGCAGAUGUCCGCCAUUAGAGAGUCGCCCCCAGAGAACAUCUAUCCAGCUCUGGAUGCCCUGAACGCUCUGGGUCGCACACCAUGGAAGGUGAACAACCCGAUCCUGGACGUAUUGACAACGGUUUUCCUCGGAGAAGGGGACAUGGAACUUUCAGUACCGAAAAAACCGAGCAACAUGACCAAGCCCGAGCCGAGCGCCCACAAAGCACGUGUUCAAGCCACGCUAUCGGAACGCAAGAAAGCCGAGAAGUACGCCUUAUGGUGCGACACGCUCCAUAAACUAUCCAUUGCUCACCAUUUCAAGAACGAUGUGUUCUUCUUCCCGCACAACAUGGACUUCUGCGGUAGAGCUCACCCGUGCCCUGCCCAGUUCCAUCAUCUGGGUGAUGAUCUGAUCCGGGGACUUCUUCUGUUCGCGGAAGGGAAACCCCUAGGAGAGAGAGGGCUAUGGUGGUUAAAACUCCACCUCAUGAAGCUGACCGGAUUCAGCAACGAGCGGUCUGCGGAGGAGCGCGUCGCUUACGCGGACGGAAUCAUGGACGACAUACUCGACUCGGCACGAAACCCUCUGAACGGCCGGAAGUGGUGGCAGACUUCAGAGGAUCCGUGGCAGACGCUGGCCGCCUGCAAAGAGAUCGCCAACGCUCUCGCGUCACCGAAACCUGAGGAGUACAUCUGUCAUCUACCGAUCCAUCACGACGGCCACUACGGGGGCCCUCAGCAUUACGCUGCGUUCGGGAACGAUUCCGAGGGAGCGCUGCCGGCGGACACGAUCCCCAUGGAGACUCCUCGAGACGUGUACAGUAAAGUCGCAGAUGCGGUCGAGUCACUGCGCGAGGCCGAGAGCGCGGCCGGCAGCGAUAUCGCUAGCGUCUUGAAGGGUUUCAUCAAGGGAAAAACUGUGAAAGAGAGCGUGAAGACGGCGGUGUACGGGGAAAACCGUUUCGGUGCAUAUAUCCAGAUUCUACGGAAGCUUCAAGUCGAAGGUUUUCCGUCAUCACGGGCGAACUCCGCGGCUCAUUAUCUCGCAAUCAAAACUUUCGAGUCUGUGGAGAAGACGCUCACGAAAACCAAAGGAAUACAGAGCUGGUUCACUCAAUGUGCCAAAGCCAUUCUGGCCGCAACGGAAAAACCCGUACAAUGGACGACCCCUCUAGGACUUCCGGUUGUGCAACCGUACUUCCGGACCUCUAUGCACAAAUGUCUUGUCGAGAGCGACAAUAGCGCCCAUUCGAUUCUCAUACCGACUUCGGAGCCGCAGGCAACGAGGCAGAAAAACGGUUUCCCUCCAAAUUUCCUGCACAGUUUGGACUCGACGCACAUGAUGUUGACUGCGUUGUACUGCGAGGCCGCCGGUAUCAGAUUUGUUCCUGUCCACGACUGCUUUUGGACUCACGUGUCCUCAGUGGAAGAGCUGAGCAAGAUAUGUCAGCAGCAGUUCGUGGCUCUCCACAGUGAGCCCCUUUUGGAGAAAAUUGCGGCGGAGUUCGGUAGACGGUAUAUUUCCAAAGAGGCAAAGCAAUCAGCAGACCCAGUCAAGCUAGCCGCCGUCAAGGAACUUCAAGGCCUCUUAGACAAAAUCCCAACGCGUUCAUGGGCCGUGCAGUAG